UCUGUCUUCUCUCUACGAUGCCAUUCUCUCUCCGAGCCCAUAUAAAAUCCCGCUACCGCCAUACCUUAGCUCAGCUCAAAUCUCUUCUCGAUUUUCUACUCCGUUUCCUCUCAGCAUUCAACCCAAUGGCGGAGAUUCGCCAGAGUUCAAAUUCCGCGGACGAACCUCCCACUCCUCCGCCGUUCGAUCCCUUAAUCCCCUCAGUUCCGGUAUCAUACGCGCUGAAAACUCUGGAAGAGCUCGAAUCCAGAUCCUACUUCGAAUCCUUCCACUUCCCGUUCAACAAGGCCUCUGUCAAGCUUCCUGCAGUUUCCUCCGGCCUGCUUCCGCAACGGCCGAGACUUCUGGUUUGCCACGACAUGGCGGGAGGAUACGGGGAUGAUAAGUGGGUGCAGGGAGGUACAAAUCCCAAUGCAUAUGGUAUAUGGCAUUGGUAUUUGAUGGAUGUGUUUGUUUAUUUCUCCCACAGUUUGGUUGCACUUCCUCCUCCUUGCUGGACAAACACAGCUCAUAGGCAUGGAGUUAAGGUUCUAGGGACAUUUAUAAUGGAGUGGGAAGAAGGGAAAAUUCUUGCCGAAAAACUGCUCUCAACAAAGGAAUCAGCUUUCAUGUAUGCAGAGAGACUAACUGAGCUUGCUGUUGCUCUAGGCUUUGAUGGCUGGCUGAUUAACUUGGAAGUUGAGAUCGCUGUUGGACAACUCCCUAACUUGAUAGACUUUGUGAACCAUUUGACCCAGGCCAUGCACUCAUCAGUCCCCGGAUCUUUGGUUAUAUGGUAUGAUAGUGUUACCACCGAUGGUAAACUCAUUUGGCAAGAUCAGUUAAAUGAAAAAAAUAAGCCGUUUUUUGAUGUAUGUGAUGGAAUAUUUGUGAACUAUACAUGGAAGGAAACUUACCCUAUGGAAUCAGCUUCUGUUGCUGGGGAGAGAAAGUUUGAUGUGUAUAUGGGAAUUGAUGUUUUUGGAAGAAAUACUUAUGGAGGUGGACAAUGGACGACAAAUGUGGCCCUUGAUGUGAUUAAGAAACACAAUGUUUCGGCAGCCAUAUUUGCUCCUGGAUGGGUUUAUGAGACUAACCAGCCACCUGAUUUUCAGACCGCUCAAACUCGUUGGUGGGGACUUGUUGAGAAAUCCUGGGGAAUCUCACAGACUUACCCCCAAGUUCUUCCAUUCUACUCAAACUUUGAUCAGGGUCAUGGUUACCAUGUUUUUGUUGAUGGAGUGAAAGUACUGGACGCUCCUUGGAACAACAUUUCUUCCCAAAGCUUCCAACCGUUCCUUACUUCUGGAGAACAUACGGCUGAAAAUAUUCAAGCUUUUGUUGAUUUCAAGGAAGGAUCUUAUAGUGGUGGAGGGAGCAUCACAUUCCGGGGAACUCUUGAUGACAGUUCUCAUUUCAAAACAAAAUUAUUUGAGGGGAAGCUUCGUUUGGGAGAGUCACCACUCAACUUCACAUAUUCCGUAAGAUCAAGUGGGAGUUCUCUACUAGGACUUUACCUUGAUCUCUUAUCAUCCAACUCUGAGAAGAAAACGUCUAUAUUGUUAGCAUCGGGCACCGACUCCUUGCUUACACACAACCAGUUGGCAAAACAUUUUGGUUCCAUCAUCAUGCCACGUCACAUUAAAAAGGCGGGACUAGAACCGGGAUGGGCUGUACAAGAAAGUUCCAUAACAAUGGAAGGAUACACAUUAACCGAAAUUGGAGCUGUUUGUUAUGAUAUAAAGAAAUCAUUUUCGGGUUCAUCAACCGAAUACAGUGCAGUUCUGGGCCAUAUUUCGGUUACAACGGACUCAUCAAUAUCUCCAUCAAUAGCUCCUGCAAAUUCAUGGGUCACUGAGAGUAGAUAUGUACAAUGGUCUUCAGACUCAAAAGAAACAAGGAAACUUAACAUGAUGCUUACGUGGAAGCAGCUGGAACAUGGAAAUAUUGUUGGUCCAUCAAUGCAGUACAAAAUAUAUGUCAAGAAAAUAAACAAACUCUCGGACAAUGAGAAAGAAAUUUAUCUUGGAGAUGCAAUGGUUGAGGCAUUUUAUGUUUCUGAUCUGGAAAUUCCAGAUGGGGUAUCUAGUCUCAAGUUCAUCAUCCAAGUCAGCAUCGAUGGAAUCUUGCGUAAGCUAGAGGAUUCUCCAUACUAUUGGAUGGAUGUUCAAGAUUCUUCAUACAAUUACCUUUGUUCCCCUAAAAAGGCGUCUUCAUUUGUCUGAAGGAUAUUGUUGCGGAAACAAAUGUGUAUAUAUUGUGACCUGUGUAUAUAUUGUUGAAGAUGAGUUCGUUUAAAUGUAUUGAAUAUAUUGUUCUAUACGUGUAAUUUAAUUCAAAAUAAAUAAAUAAAUAAAAUAGAUCCUUUUCCCUUUCCAA